CCGCAGUUUGGGGACCCCUGCGAGGGAAGUACAAGGAAACCAGACGUUGGUUAUGGCGGGCCAAAUGGAGAAUUUUUUUUACAAAUAUUUAAAUUAUUGGUAUGUGUCAUUAAAUAAUUAAAUUGUAAUUAAACACAAAUGUGUUUUUAAAUGUGUCAUUAAUUUAGUUAACUUACAUUGAAUUAUUAAUUGAUUUAAUUAUUUCAAAAUUUAAUUCAUUAUUGAUUUUUUUCAUAUUAAUUUAAUUACUCAUUUAAUUAAUGACAUUCAAGUAUACAGUUAAAUAGUUAUUUACUUUUGUCCCAUUUGGCCCUCCAUAGUUAGCAUGCCAAUAGAAAAUAGGCCCUGUCGGCCACCGUAUUAUUUCCCUAAAACUAUGCAAAUAUUUGAGAUCCUAGUAAGACACUUUUGGUGCUCCCCAUCUGGCAACGCUGUGGCCACAUCAUGUCGUCAACACAGAACAGUAAUCCUAAACUCAAUUCCUUCCACUGAUUCGAGUUUGGUUUUACGAGUCACUCACUCAAAGGAAUCGGGUACUCAAGUUACUCAUAAGGCACAUGUGCAGAACUCGCGUAUUCAGAGCAAGUUUUUUACACCCUGACGAGUUUUGAACGACUCGUUCAUGACUCGCCCCUACCAACAACACCUGUGGACCAGGAAGUAAACGACUGGAAGCAACGCUCUCUUCACGCCUUAUACACCGUUAGACUGAUGAAAGUCAUUCGUAGAUAUGUCCUCAAAUUCUUUGAAUGCUGUCCUGGUGUUCUUGAUACUGAGUGGAAACCGAGUGGGUCUGGCUGUGCUCAACGCUCCAAGAAAUGUCCGUCUAACUUCCAUGAACAUGAAUUUGGUGCUGAGAUGGGAUUCACCUGAGGAUAAUACAAGUGGCAUUCUGUACACCACUGAGUACAAGACCUCCGUCGCAAUGUACCAUGUGGGUUGUGUCAACAUUUCAACCCUUGAAUGUGACUUCAGCAGCCUUAACAUCCCCCUCAGUUUGUAUGGAAGGUAUACAGGCAGAGUGUGCGCACGGCGAGGGAUGGAUAUCUCUCCUUGGGUGGAAAGUAACAAUAUUACCAUGGACAAUGAUUCCAUAAUUGGGUCACCCAAUGUCGUGCUAUUUUCCAAUGGGGCUACAAUUGAAAUUGCCAUUAAAGAUCCAGCGUUUGCAGUCUCAGAACUCAGGGAUGUCUACAGCAGUGCUACUUACAACAUCACUUACUGGAAAGAUGGCCAGAACGAAAAGGCAAUAAGCAUAAUCAAUGUACUGCAAAACAGAGUGGUUUUGAACAAACUGGACCCCUGGACUAAGUAUUGUGUUAAGGUCCAAAUCAAUGCAGAGGGGAACUCCAAGGUCAGCAAACCAAGCAGUACUGUUUGUGAGAGCACCACCACUGAAACGAAAUCUCAAUGGGUGCCAGCAGUGGUCACAUUUUUCAUCAUGACCUUGACAGCAACUCUUGUGGGGAUUGCAGUGGUUUAUAGAAAAAUGAUUUCCCAUCUUCUUUGUCCACAAGAUGCUCUGCCUUCGCCUCUAUUGGCAACCUCCAACUCGUCCCACGACUGGGACAUGCAGAUCUCUCCCAAUCCUGAGGAGAUGUACAACUCAGUCAGAGUCAUUGCAGUUCAGUAGUCUAUGAAGUAAAAGGGAGGCCUUGGAGGAAGUGAUGGCCAUCUUCUGCAGGAAGCGUGAUCCUAAAGUACCAUCCUUGUGAUAUGAUAUAUAGCGGCUCAAGGGACCACUAAAAAACCUUCUACACACCUAUCAAGAGACACACUAGUAUGCUACAUUUGGUUAAAAAUGGCAGCAAGACAAAGCAGCAAACCAUUUCCACCCCUAAAAAGCUAAAGUCUGCAGUGUGGGAACAUGUUGGUACUUAAAAAAGAACCAGGGAGUCAUUGAUGUCGAUGGUUCACCCAUUAGCAAAACCUGCCAAAGGAAGUUGCUGCUAAAGAGUCCAAUACGUCGGCGUGUAAUGGUGCAUUACACGCCAAAGUAAAGGAAAUACAUAAUAACUGAGUUAAUUUAUGUAAAUGGAAAGUUACUUCAUGAAGAAUUGAGUUGGUAAAGAGUUAAAUAUAAACAUGUUACAUGUCACUUGCAAUCAAUAAGUGUUGAGUCAGUUCAGUGUAAACAAACAGCAACAGGUACUCCUGUCAAAAGGCUUCAUUCAGUGGCCAUUUAAUGUUAGAGAUUACUUUUUCCUGUCUGUGUUGAUAAACUAUAUGCAUUAUAAAUUAAUAUACUGUAGCAAGUAGGGGUGUGGGAAAAAUCGAUUCGAAAUCGAAUCGCGAUUCUCACGUUGUGCGAUUCAGAAUCGAUUCUUAUUUUUAAAAAAGCGAUUU